ACCAUGGCCCGGGGGCUGCCCAGCACUGAGAGCCUGGUGCACUUCUGCCAGAAGCUGAACCGACUGAAGACAGUGGAGGAGACCACCAGGGAGACGUCGCUGCGGCGCCACCUGACCACGCUGGACCUGACCUUGCUGGGUGUGGGUAACAUGGUGGGCUUCGGCCUAUACGUCCUCACGGGCACCGUGGCCAAGGACAUGGCUGGCCCUGCGGUGCUCGUGUCCUUCAGCGUGGCUGCCGUGGCCUCCCUGCUGGCAGCCCUAUGCUAUGCAGAGCUUGGGGCAAGUGUGCACAGCAAAAGCUCUGCCUACCUGUUCACCUACAUGUCCAUGGGCGAGCUGUGGGCCUUCCUCAUUGGCUGGAACACGCUCCUCCGGUGCCUCAUCGGUGGUGCUACUGUGGCUCGCGCCUGGAGCGGCUACCUGGACACCAUCUUCAGCUACCACAUCCGUAGCUUCACUGUGGCGCAUGUGGGCAUCUGGCGGGUGCCCUUCCUGGCCCAAUACCCAGACUUCUUGGCUGCUGCCAUCACACUUUUGACCUCAACAAUCGUCUCGUGUGGAGUCCGCGUCACCUACUGGCUCAACCGCACCUUCUCCGCCAUCAGCCUGGUUGUCAUCCUCUUCAUCAUCAUCCUGGGGUUUGUCCUGGCCCGCCCGCACAACUGGGGUGCUGAGGAGGGCGGCUUUGCACCCUUGGGCUUCUCUGGAAUCAUGGCUGGUGCUGCCACCUGCUCCUACGGCUUUGUGGGCUUUAGUGACAUUAUUACCUCCAGCGAGGAGGCCCAGAACCCAAAGCGAGCUGUGCCUAUGGCCAUUGUCAUCUCGGUUGGCCUGGUGGCCGGUGCCUACAUCCUCAUCUCCACUGUGCUCACCCUCAUGGUCCCCUGGCACAGCCCGCACCGUGAUUGGGCACUUGCUGAUGCCUUCUACCAGCGGGGCUAUAGCUGGGCAGGCUUCAUCGUGGCGGCUGGCUUCAUCUGUGCCACGACCACUGUCCUGAUCGGCGCCCUACUUUACGCGUCACGCACCGUCUGUGCCAUGGCCGCCGACGGGCUCUUCUUCCAGGUGUUUGCCCACGUGCACCCCAGGACACAGGUGCCUGUGGUGGGCAUCCUGGUGUUCGGGGUCCUCAUGGCUUUCCUGGCUCUGCUGCUGGACUUCAAGGCACUGGUCCAGGUCCUGUCCUUCGGUGCACUGCUGGCCUACACCUUCAUGGCCACCAGCAUUAUCGUGCUACGCUUCCAAAAGGCCCCUCCAUCCAGUUCCCUGGGCACAGAGCAGGCCUCAGCCCCUGAGCCUGGGCAGCUGCGACCAGCCCUGAGGCCCUACCUCGGCUUCCUGGGUGGGUGCCGGCCUGGAGCUGCCGUGACUUGGGCACUCCGUGUCCUGGUGGCCUCAGCCAUCACUCUGGACUGCGUGCUGGUCUUCGGGGACUCGGCCCUGCACCUCCCGCUCUGGGGCCACACCCUGCUGCUCCUGCUCAGCUCCGUCAUGUUUCUGCUCAGUCUCCUCGUCCUGGGGGCCCACCAGCAACAGCGCCGGCAGGACACCUUCCAGGUUCCCCUGGUGCCCCUGACUCCAGCCCUGAGCAUCCUCCUCAACAUCUUCCUCAUGCUGCACCUGAGCCACCUGACCUGGCUGGGCUUUUCCAUCUGGUUGCUGGUCGGACUCCUGGUGUAUUUUGGCUACGGCAUCCGGCACAGCAAGGAGAACCAGCGGGAGCGGCCGGGGUUGACUGCCCCACGCGGCAGCCUGGAGGAGACGGUGCAGGCCCUGCAGACCCCCAGCCAGGCACUGGCCCAGAAACCCGGACACGCAGAGUAGACCACCAGAGCAUGAGGACUGCUGGGGGCCAUACCACCCUCCCCUACUUCCUCAGGGGGCUGGAGGGGCUGGCAGCACAUACUAUCCAGAGCAGGUCAGGUUUGCACCCCUGCCCAUGCCAGAAGGACUUUAGGACCUUAAGCCAGGGGCCACGUUUUGAGUCCUUGGGAGUGGGCCGUGGCCAGUGCUGGUGUGGUGGACUCUGCCCAGCGCCUUCCAGUUUAUGACCAGCUCUAGCUACCUGGGCAGGUGGAGAAGGGCGGGCAGGGAAGAGGCCCGCAGCCCCAGGGAGCCACAAUAAUAACUGCUGGGCCAGCUACAUGGCCUGUUGCUGUGUCCACCUGGCAUUCUUUGUAGCACUGAGUCUUCACCUGCCCCCGGGAACCAGGUGAUUUUCCCCAAUCCAAGGCAAAGGCGCCAAGGUUCUGUAAGGGAGGUUCAGCCAGGGAAGAGAGAGCCCUGAGUCAGGGACACGGCCAGGCCUGGGUCCCAGGGUCAUGCCCUCAAGCCAGUGCCCUCUGCCCAGCUCAGAAGGGAGGUACACACAGCAGUACAGAGAGGUUCCUGACAGGGUAGGGUCAGGCUUCCUCCCAUGGGGGCUGAUCCUGAGGGCAGAGCUUGGACCCCAACGAGGCUGCCUGGAAAGGGCAGUGGAGCUCCAAGGUUCCUUCGCUUUCCCAAGGUUCCCGGAAAGCAGGGCAUGUGCCUGAGGCCUGCCCCGGGAUGCAGAGGCCCACUUGCCCGGGUACAUGCAUCUCUCAGGCACAGGCCCUCCUGCCCACACGGCUCCCCU